AUGACUUUAGAGAAACAAGUUGCGCAAGUAGCCAAUUCUCUAAACUUGUGUCCCCAAGGUGGGCUGCCCGGUGAUACUAAACCUAACCCCAAGAAAAUGAAUGCGGUAAGUACUAGAAGUGGGUUACAACUAGAGGAACUAGCUCUGAAGAAGAGAGAUGUUGAAACAGGUACUAAAGAAAAGAAAGUGGAAGAGGUUCACAUUAAUUUGCCUUUGGUUGACAUUUUGCAGAGUAUCCUGAAGUAUGCUAAAUACGUGAAGGACAUAGUAGCUAACAAAAGGAGGCUCACAAAGUAUGAAACUAUAGAACUUACUAAAGAGUGCAGCUCCAGAAUCAAAAAUAGACUACCCAAAAAGAUAAAAGAUUUGGGUAGUUUUACUGUGCAGAUUACAAUUGGGCAAAGUGUUCAUGCCCGGGGGUUGUGUGAUUUGGGGGCAAGUAUAAAUCUUAUGCCCAUGUCCUUGUAUCAAAAGCUUAGGUUGGGUAGUCCAAAACAAACCACUGUCAUUCUCCAACUCAUUGAUAGAUCUAUUCCUAGGCCAGAGGGAGUGGUUGAAAAUGUGUUAGUUCAAGUACAUUCCUUGAUUUUUCUGGUGGAUUUUGUGGUCUUAGAUUUUGAACCCGAUUCUGAAGUUCCAUUCAUUUUGGGACGUCCGUUCUUGGCAACAAGUAGGGCAUUGAUUGAUGUAGCAGUUGGGCAAUUAACUAUGAGGGCACAUGAUAAGGUUAAGGUAUUUAAUGUUUACCGCGCUUUAAAAUUACCUUCUAUCUAUGAAGAGUUGUCUGCUAUUACGAUGGUAGAUCACAUAGUAGAAUCGCAAUUAGUUGUGCCUGAAGAUCCCUUAGAAAGAGUGUUAGUAGGCCAUGAGGUGGAUGGAGAUACUGAGGCCCAAGAGAUAGAGACAUGUUUGAAUCUGGCACUCGUGGAGACUCUCAAGUAUAGAGUGGAGCCAUUAGAUCAUGACUUAGGGCCUCCACCCAAACCCUCAAUCGAAGAAGCUCCCAAGUAG